UGCAAAAUAAAACAGCCCUAACUUCUUUAAUUUUCGUCAAAUUAGAGGAGAUAGGGUUUAGGGUUCCUUUCAAUUCUUCCUGAAAUUAUGACGAGUCCUCGCCGGACGGUGGAGAAUUGGUCAUGGCGAUCAGUAGCUUCGGCGGAGAAAUUCAACAAAUCGACCAAAGUUCCGUGGCUUUUGCUUGAUAAAGAUGAUGAUUAUCACAGCCCCCGUAAGUUUUUCAACCUUUCGAAAGAUUUAAUUUACAGAAUCAAUCUACCAAAAUCUCGUAAUAGUCCAUGUCAUUUUGGGAAUUUUAGUAUUCGUAACGGCUUCAUUUACUCUUCAAAAGGAUGGUUGUUGAAUGUUGAGAAUCAUUUGGAAUUAUGUCUUUCGAAUCCUUUUUCGCUCUCCAGAAUUACUCUGCCACAUUCUUUCCUUCUUUGCUCAAAUUAUAUAUUAUUACUCAAUUUUGCCUUAUCCUCCAGUCCAAGCGUCGCAUCAGAUUUUGUGAUAUUGAUAGUUUACUAUUCAUUUGUUACGAGAGAUGUAAAAUUAGGUUUUUGGAAAAAUGGAGAUCAUGACUGGACUGACAUAGACCUAAUAUUUAGUACAUUUGAUUCGAAUAUCACAUACCACAAUGGUCGAUUCUAUAUUAUCCGCCGUUUUGAAUUUGGAGCAGAAUUUGUUGUUCAUGAAAUUGACAUUCAAAAUUCUGAAUCUGUUUCGAUAAGCAGCAAGUCAUUUGCCAAUCUUUUUCCCUCUACUCAUAUUGGUAGUCCAUCUUGGAUAGUUGGAUCAUCUCAAGCGCUGAUGAUAGUCACCUGGAGAUUGGAUCAUGCGUCUAUAGAUGAGGAUGGGAAUAUUGUCGGGGAUCUUUAUUCUCAUGUUCCGCAUUUUGAGUUUAUAGUUCAAGAGAUUGACUUUGAGAAAGGAGAAUGUAAAAAGGUGAGUGAUUUAGGAGAUGAAGCUUUAUUUUUGGGAUGUUACUCUCUUUUCUUGGUUGAUGUAUCGAAUGAGUCAAGAUUUAAGUCCAAUCACAUUUACUUUGCUGAAAACUGCCAACAAACUUUUUCGUGUGGCAGUGGAGGGAGUGUUGGUGUUUACAGCAUAAUUGAUGGAUCAUACGAGCCGUUUUUCACUGAGGCAGACUUUGGUUAUCGUUGUUCUAGUCAAUGGAUCGAACCAAGACCCUGACCCUUAGUGACGGAUGUAAUUGUGUCUCGUCGAAACAUUGCAAGAUCGACUUAUGUAUGUAAUAUAUGACAUAUGUAGAGUGCUGGAGUUCUUCUACUGAUUGGAAGACCUUGAUUCUUGGCGAUGGGUGUAAUCGAGUCCUGCAAGAUUGACUUAUAUAUGUAAUGUAUGACAAACGUGAAGUGUUGAUGUAUUUCUGUUGAUCAGUUGGUUACAUUCCUAUCCUUAGUAGAGUAGAUUGUUUCUUUUUAAUUUAUAAUUUCUAAGGUAUUAUCUUAUUUACUGUGUAAAUUCAACACUAUUGUUACUGUUUCCUGGAUAAAUGUUUAUCUUUAAUUAUAAUUCAACCAACCAUUUUCGAUUUGA